AUGUUGCUCAAGAGCGCCGCCGCAGGCUUGGCUGCGCUUGUGGCAUUAGCUGCCCCCUUGGCGGCCGCCAACCCGACGCCCAAGGGCAACUUUAGCUACAACGACCGCGAGUUCCUGCUCAAUGGCCAGCCCUACCAGAUUAUCGGCGGGCAGAUGGACCCACAGCGCAUCCCCAAGAAGUACUGGCGCCACCGACUGCAAAUGGCUCGGGCCAUGGGCCUCAACACCAUCUUCAGCUACAUCUACUGGAACAACCUCGAGCCCACGCCCGGCCAGUGGGACUUUCGCGACCGCAAUGACAUUGCGCAGUUCUUCCGCAUCGCGCAAGAGGAGGGCCUCCAUGCGGUGCUGCGCCCUGGGCCAUACAUCUGCGGCGAGCGCGAGUGGGGAGGCUUUCCCGCAUGGUUGAGCCAGAUUCCCGGGAUGAAGGUUAGAGAGAACAACAAGCCGUUCCUCGAUGCCUCCAAGAAGUACCUGGACCGCCUGGGCGCAGAGCUGCGCCGGCUGCAGGUUACCAAGGGGGGCCCCAUUCUCAUGACCCAGCUGGAGAAUGAGUAUGGCAGCUUCGACAACGACAAGGCGUACCUGCAGGCGCUGGCGGACAUUCUGCGGAGCAACUUUGACGUGUUCCUCUACACCAACGAUGGUGGCGGCAAGAGCUACCUCGAUGGAGGCACCCUCCACGGUGUUCUCGCCGAGGUCGACGGAGACGACUCCAAGGGUGCUUUUGAAGCCCGCGACCAGUACGUAACGGACAAGACGAUGCUCGGCCCUCUUCUCAACGGCGAGAAGUACAUCACCUGGAUCGAUGAUUGGGCCGCCAACUCGACGCAUCACGUCACGUCGGGCAACCCGGAGGCUGUCGCUUCCGUCGUCGCGGACCUCGAGUGGGUGCUGCAGAACAACCACUCGUUCAGCAUCUACAUGUUCCACGGCGGCACCAACUUUGGCUUCGAGAACGGCGGCAUCUUCGCCAACAGUCGCACCAAUGCCGUCACCUCGAGCUACGACUACGGUGCGCCUCUCGAUGAGAGCGGCCGCCCGACCGAAGUGUACCACAAGCUCCGCGACAUGAUCUCAAAGUAUGUUCCGAAGGGUAGCAUUCCCGACCUCCCGGCUACGCCAGACUUGACCGAGGUCGACGAUUUCACCUUCUCGCCUGCUGUCGCGCUGUUCGAUACCCUCCCCAAGGAGCCGACCAAGAAGUCUGAUAAGCCGGUGACCAUGGAGUCGCUCGGUCAAUCAUACGGUUUCGUCUUGUACGAGCACACCGCUGCUGAGGACUCUUCCGGUGUUCUGGCCGCUGGCGAUGAGCCUCGAGAUCGUGUCAUCGUGUAUGUCAACGGCAAGAAGGUCGGUGUCAUGGAUAGGACGUACGUCACGCCCAAGGCGGUGCAAGUGUCCCUCAAGAAGGGCGACGUCCUUCGCCUGCUUGUUGAGAACCUCGGUCGCAUCGACUACGGUCAGCGUCUGCGAGAGCAGGCCAAGGGCAUCGUCGGAGACGUCAAGGUUGGAGACAGGGUCCUCGACGGCUGGUCCGCAUACUCCAUUCCGCUCUCUUCGCUGCCCAAGGAGCUGUCUGGCGGCAGCCACGGCAAGGCCGCCGUAAAAGACACGCCAGUCUUCUACACCGGCACGUUCAAGCUCAAGGACAGUGCCAAGACGGAUCUCUCGGGCGACACGUUCCUCUCGCUCCCCAAGGGUGUCAAGGGCCAGGUGUGGGUAAACGGCGUGAAUCUCGGUCGGUACUGGACCGUCGGGCCGCAACAGAGUCUAUAUGUCCCUGGUGUGUAUGUGCAGGCGCAUGGAAGGGACAACCAGGUGGUCGUGCUGGAGUUGGAGCCGAGCGCGGACACAAAGCUGACGGGCAAGGGUAUCGCGACGAGGGUCUGGGGCAACAAUCCCGAUCCUGAUGCUCCAUGA